GCUGCCCUCCUCUCCGACCACCAUUUGUGCCAGCGGGGGCAUCGUGCUGUCUGCGGCUAUGGCGGGCGAGUACCGGCUGCUGCUGGCAAAUGCCCGGCAACUGGUGCUGGUGUGCGGCCACGGCGAGCAGUACUUGCUGCGGGAGGGCAUGGCGAGGCUGGACGUGCUGCACGAUGCCAGCCUGGUAGUGGGGCUAGAUGGUUAUAUAAAAGCCGUGGGCCCGGCAGAUGCUAUCCGCCGCCGCUUUGCAGGAGCAACGUUUGAAAGUCAAAUUGACUGCACUGGGAAGUGCAUAUUGCCAGGCCUGGUGGAUGCGCAUACACAUCCUGUGUGGGCUGGUGAUAGGGUGCAUGAGUUUGCAAUGAAGCUUGCAGGUGCUUCCUAUAUGGAAAUCCACCAGGCUGGAGGAGGAAUACAUUUCACCGUGGAACACACCCGGAAGGCCACAGAAGAGCUGUUCACUACUUUCAAACACCGACUUGAACGCAUGUGCAGAGCAGGAUCUACUUUGGUUGAGUGCAAGAGCGGAUAUGGCUUGAACUUAGAAACAGAACUCAAAAUGCUGAGAGUGAUUGAACGUGCUAGGCAGUCCAUGGAUAUUGGCAUUUCUUCAACUUACUGUGGAGCUCAUUCUGUGCCAAAAGGGAAAACUGCUACUGAGGCCACAGAUGACAUUAUUAAUAACCAGCUCCCUAAACUGAAAGAACUCCAACAAAGUGGUGAAAUACAUGUUAACAAUAUAGAUGUGUUCUGUGAGAAGGGAGUGUUUGAUCUGGAUUCUACCAGGAGAAUUCUUCAAGCUGGAAAAGAUACAGGUUUACAGAUUAACUUCCAUGGUGAUGAACUCCAUCCGAUGAAAUCUGCAGAGCUUGGAGCUGAGCUAGGAGCCCAAGCUAUCAGCCACCUAGAAGAAGUUAGUGAUGAAGGAAUUGCAGCAAUGGCAAAAGCUAAGUGUGCAGCUGUCCUUCUGCCAACCACUGCCUACAUGCUAAGACUGAAGCAACCUCAAGCCAGAAAAAUGUUAGAUGAAGGAGUUAUUGUUGCUCUUGGCAGUGAUUUUAAUCCUAACGCAUACUGUUUUUCAAUGCCUAUGGUGAUGCAUCUGGCUUGUGUAAACAUGAAGAUGUCAAUGAAUGAAGCCCUAGCAGCUGCCACCAUUAAUGCAGCUUACGCUCUGGGAAAAUCAGACACACAUGGUUCCAUAGAGAUUGGCAAGCAGGGGGAUCUUGUUAUUAUAAAUUCAUCAAGGUGGGAGCACUUGAUAUACCAGUUUGGGGGACAUCAAACAUUGAUCGACUAUGUUAUAAUUAAAGGAAAAGUUGUCUAUAAAAAUGACAGCUGUGAUAUGAUGAGCAGUUACUGAAAGAAGACAAUCAUUUACAUGGAUUAUUUCAAAGCGACAGACAAAUCAGAUUUGUAUUUACUAGUAAAUUGUUUCACUACUUAUCUUACCACCCAUUUUAUUCAAAUGAACUUUAUCAAGCAAAAAAAAACCCCAAAUCAUCAAUGAGAUCUAUUUGAAUUAAGACAGUUUCCUGAAUAUUUCAAUCUGUAAAAUUUGAGAUAAAUAAAUAAAACCACAAAACCAA